CCAGUGAGAACAAAACCAUGGAAGAACACUUUGGAUGCUACAACAGAAAGAAGUGGUUGUAGACAGUUUUCUUUACUCCGGAGAGGUUUUACAGGAUCCGAAGAUUGUCUGUAUAAUAACAUCCAUACACCUGAACUUCCUGAAGAAAAUAAGCCAUUGAAAUCUGUGAUCGUGUGUAUCCAUCCUGGAGGGUAUUUUUACGGCUCUCCGGAGCCCACUCAAUUCGGAUCACCUGAGUAUAUCAUACAUCAUGAUAUUGUUUAUGUCUGUGUUAGUUUUCGAUUGCAUAUUUUAGGAUUUUUAAACCUCGGUUUGCCAGAAUGUUCGGGAAAUCAAGGAUUGAAAGAUAUUAUAAUGAGUCUCGAAUGGGUAAGAGACAACAUAAGCGUUUUUGGCGGUGAUCCUAAUGAUGUAACUCUACUAGGAAGCAGUAGCGGAUCAUCCUUGGCGCAUUUUUUAAUGACUGCACCAAAAGCAAAAGGUUUAUUUCACAAAGCAGUUCUAAUGGGAAUGUAUAAUAUGAGCCCAGUCAUCGUAAAUCCAAAUGAGAAUAUCGCGGUAGCCUUGGAAAUGGCCCAACGUUUGGGAUACAAAAAUGGCACAGCAGAAGAUAGAAAAAAAUUAUUAUUGUUUUUAAAAAAAAUUCCAAUCGAUGCCGUGAUACUUCUGAGAUCAGAAACUGCGAACAAUAAAUCGAAACUGCCACUGUAUCCUGCUUCACCAUUUUUAACUACAUCCUAUGAAGGCGAAGGCUCCAUUAUACCUGUAUAUCCAGAUAAUUUAAUACCUUCAACCUCCAGAAUUCCAAUAAUGGUUGGCUUUUGUGAACAUGAAGCUGCUAUGGUAUUUCUAAAUAUAUUCAAAAAUAACCUGGAAAGUCAAUUUUAUUCAAGUUUGACUCAAAAUGUUUGGGCAUGGGGAAGUAAGUUGACUGAAGAAGAUUUGCAAAUAAUCAGGCAGAAAGCAGAGCAGUUCUAUUUGAAUGGAGAAUCUACCGAAACAGCGAUAUUGUCUGCAAAAUGUGAGAUUCAAACUGAUAUUUCUUUAUCAGAUCUGUAUGAAUCCCUAAUCAAUGUGGUUGCAGAAGAUCUUCCUUCUUCAGUAUUUGUCUAUAGAUUCAACUAUGAGGGUAGUAUUCCUACAAUGAAAGAAAGAAUAAAGGGACAAUUAGACGUACCCUUGAAAGGGACUUUUCAUGGUGACGAUUACAGCUAUUGGGCGAUGGUAAAAGAAUUUUGGGGCACAGUGGAGUACAACUUGCAGCCAAAAACUCGCGAGAUGGUUGAAAAAUUCACCAAAUUGAUCACCACCUUCGUAAAAACAGGGGAUCCUAAUUACGAAGGUUUAGAAGUUCACUGGAAACCUUCGAGCGUUGAAAAUCCGUGUUAUUUGAGUAUCGAUGAUCCAUUAACGGUAGUCGAAGGUAAACUGAAUGGAAAACGAAUGGAAUUUUGGGAAGAGAUCAAGAAACAAUUCAGCAAACGUUAAAUGCACUGAAAAUUAGGCUAUAUUAAAACCACCUAUUUCAAUGUUAUUGCAAACAAUGUACUUGAAGUC